UGCUAGAUGCUAAAUGCCAUGAUAUUCGGGCUGUGAGUGUUCCGAUGAACUUACAAUACGAUAUAAAUUGUAGCGGCGAUCUUGCUUAUUGUAAGAAUAAACUGGUGAAGUAUAUAUUUGACUUGCAACCCAUAGCUCGUUAUAUGGUUAUUUAUUUGAGAGAUUGGACAAAUAAACACAAUCUAAGCGGAAGCUUCCGAAGCCACAUAAUUGUCAAAAUGGUCAUCUAUUUCUUACAAGUAGCAAAAUUUCUACCAGGAAUUCAACAUUUUCUCAAAAAUCAAUUAAUCACAAGUAAAGAUUGUGAUGUCGAUUUCAUUGAGUUGAAAUUAUCAUCCUUUAAUAUGAGCAAAAUCAUAGUUAAUGAGACCGAAACACGAAAAAUAUUAACCAAAUUUUUUCAAUACUACUCAAACUUUUCAUUUUCGUAUUACACAAAUUGCCCUUAUUUGGGAUUUGAAGUAUCGACCUCGUCGCUUUCUACAAAAAUGCCCAAGAGUUUUACCAAUCCAUAUUUUUACCGAGAUGCCAUUGUUGCUCAAGACAUGUUUUACUUGAACUAUAAUAAAGCAAAACCUAUGAAACCAUGUUCUGUUGAGCACUUCAAGGCGGCGUGCCGAAAGAGUAUUGUAUAAAAUCCAACAUUUCACUUGAAAAUUAAUCUAUUCUCAUAAUGUUACAAAUUUAAUUAAUGAAGUAAAUAACUGAAAUAAAAUAUUUUGCUACCAUUUGAAAUUUAA